AUGCCGAGAAUGGACGCGACUGGGCAAGGCAGUCCGGCGCCUACGCGUUUCCUUGCGCUGGGAGGUGUAUGGCUCGAUGAGAUCCAAAAGGGAGGCAGAACAUUGCACGAGAAUGUGUUAGGAGGUUCUGUGACAUUUGCGACACUCGGAGCACGGCUCUUCACGCCCGUGGACCCCAGCAGUAUACGCAUGUUGAUGGUCAAAGGCAGAGACUUUCCCGCUCAAGUCCUGGACACUUUGCGAGACUGGCAAGUCAGCCUUUCUAUAUUGGCACGUGGCGACGAUGUAGCUGCGGCGAGAGGCAUUUUGCACUAUGGACAGGAUGAGAGCGACAGAUACUACCAACGCCUGACCGCACCUCUGAAUUCGAGUGUGGAUGAUGUCGAGCAGUUGGAUCUUCUUCACGCCAGAAGCUUCCACUUCUUCGACAUUCCAGCUACGCUAAGGGUAUCUACGAGCAGAAUACGUGAGGCAAGACGGCAACAAUACAGGACCAGUCCCGGCGAUCAAGCACCGCUUAUCAUAUGGGAGCCUCAAGCAAAAUCUUGUAGUCCCGAGACGCUCGAAGAGCAUUUGUUAGCAGUCGCAGGCAUCGAUGUGUUCUCUCCUAACCACAUGGAGCUCGCCAGCUUCUUCGAAGCCGAGCAUGAUGGCGACUUCGAUCGAGAUCGUGUUGAGCAACAAGCGAAAGUGUUCAUUGAGAGCGGCAUUGGUGCUGGCACAGGAUGUGUAGUGGUAAGAUGCGCCGAGCAUGGCGCGGUGAUCAUGUCGAGGCUCAUCGUACCGACAUGGCUACCAGCCUAUCACAGGCCGGGCUCUGGUAAAGUGGUGAACUCAACGGGUGCUGGGAAUGCCUUCAUGGGUGCGUUCGCGAUCGGAUACCAAGACACUGGGAGCUACAUUGAGGCUGCCAAGUAUGGCGCUGUCGGGGCUUCGCUUGUGGUCGAGCAGGUUGGAACGCCUAUACUAGCCGGCCAGGGACCUCACGAGCUGUGGAACGGAGCCAGCGUCCGCGGUCGCUUGGAAGAAUACUCGGUCAGGUGUGUGACAUCUGAGUGA